CGUCAGUCGAUUGCUCAAGAUGAAGAACGUACUACGAUCACUAACGAUCGCGAUCUCGGCAUUCGCCGUCGCGUCCUCUGCAGCGCCGGCAGUAAUCGGUGAACCAGGCGAUGAUGAGCUCGCUGCGACCAUGGCCAGCGCGGCUGAUGCUGCUGGGUUGACGGGAACGUCUGGAGAGGAAGCAGAACUCGUCACUGCCAUGCUCGCCGAAACCGAAGCUGCUGCCUCUACCGAGGCUGUUGAGUGGGCUCCCGGCACGGCCCCCGCGAACCCCGUCUCCGACGACGAAGCAUUCCUCGCCAUGCACUGUACCCCAGACCGCUAUACAGUCGCCCCAUUCUGCCUUCCCGCUCCCGGUGCCUGGUGGGUCAAAGACCACUCCUACGUUAUCUCCUGGGACCCCGCAGCCUUCCCCAACACCGAACAUCUCACCCUCGCCCUCGUCUACGGCUCCAACUCGACCGUGUCGGAGAGUUUGAAGGCGCCUGUGUUUGCUGUUCAUGACAGUAAGGUGUCGAAUACGAAGGGAGUGCAUGCGUUUAAGGUUGACGGGAGGUGGUUGAAGGGAAAGGGGGAGCAGAGUGUUUUUGUGGUUGCGAUGUUGGAGGAUCAUGUUGAGGGAGAGGAGCUUAGAAUCCAUAGGGGUCCGAGCUUUACCUUGAAGAAGGGAUUGCCGAAGAAGCCCAAGACUCCACCACCGAAGAUCAGCAAUGAUGAUCCCAACUUGAAGAUUGCGGUUCCGGUUGUUGCGAUCCUCAUCAUUGGAUUCCUCAUCCUCGUCGUCUUGUCUACUCGCGGCGUCCGUACCCUCCCUGACUUUACCAAGAAGCAGAAGAAGGAUCGCAAGGGUAAGGCCAAGGGACAAUACAGGGCUCUUGCGGAUGAUGAUUAUGAGAUGGUGGCCAGUCAGGAUGAUUUGAUGAAGAGGUACAAGGAUUAA